AUGCGUGAACCAUUUUUAGAACAUUUUUUCCCACGUUCUAAAGUUGCUAAACUCAAGAAAGAUAUAGAAAACUUUGAGCAACAACCGUGUGAGUCACUUUACGAGGCAUGGGAUAGAUACAACAGAUUAAUAAGAAAUUGUCCCCAAAAUGAUUUAAAUGAGCAACAAGAAGUAUCAAUCUUCUAUGAUGAGGUAAACAUGAUGACAAGGAAACUCCUUGAUUCUCAAGGACCUUUAACAAAGAAAAAUCACGAUGAGAUUAAGGAAUUGAUUGAAGAGUUUUCUAAGAAUUCACGUGAAUACCACAAUCCUAGACAUGAUGAAGCAAAAUGCAUUAGGAGUGGCACUUUUGAGGAUAUGGAAGUUGUCUUAACUAUGUUGAAUACUAUGGACCGAAGAGUGACUAAGAUGGACCAAUCCAUACAUGCUAUUCAUGUAGGUUGUGUAAGAUGCAAUGGUCCACAUUUGACAAAAUAUUGCCAUUUGGAGGAGAACGAGAAUAAGAAGGAUCAAGUAUACUACUCUAAUGGAGACAAAUACGAUGAAGAUUGGAGGAAGCCAAAGAAAGAGUGGUUUCCAUAUGAUGAAUAUAAAAAGCAAAAAGAUGAAAAUUUUAGGGGAACUGGCCAAGGCUUUUAUCAAAAAAAGCAACCACAACCAGAAAAGAAAGUUGAUUUAGAGUCCAUGCUAACUAGAUUUACGGAGGCUUCAGAAAAACGAAAUGAUGAGACCAAUGCAGUGAUAAGAGACCAGCAAAUUCUCAUGAGGGACCAACAAGCUUUGCUAAGGAAUCAUCAAGCAUCGAUACAAAACAUUGAAGCUCAACUUCGACAAUUAACUACAUUGGUUAAUGAGCGACUCUCUCCACAAAAUUCUCGAUAA